AUGGGUCAAGAGCAAUCCACGCAUGGCAAUGCUGGAAAUCCCAACAGCAAUGAUAUGAAAAUUAAAGGGGUGGCUAUGAGAGACAAGAGCAGCUACACGAUGGGAUUUACCCACUCCGGCAACAUAAGUGACAAGCGUGACAUGGGCCGCGAUAUAAUCUACCCUGAAGAUAUUGAGAAGAAGGGGAACAAGGGCAACAUGAGAUCGAAGCUGAUGGAAUUCAUAUGA